UUCCAUGUUCAAGAAUAAAUUGUCUCGUUCCCUAGGGAUCAUAGAGCUCUGCUAUCAACCAUUUCAUAUUUAGGUUGAUAUUUUACCGAACCCAGGUACACUACCGAUGAUAACGUGUCAAAUGCACCUCUUCUUAUAAUGGGAAGACUCGGGCCUUUAACGUCCCUAGCUCUGGGACGAUCCCCCUACGAUGACGUCGUGGAGGGGGAAGGUGAGGUAGACCCUCAUGAGCCCGAGAAGCAGUACGAUGAAACAGGACGUAUUGUAAACCACCAGACUAAGGAUAUCAUCAAGAAUGUUAUUCGGGCCCAUAAUGAGGUCAUGGAAGUUAUUGGAGUUGCCGAGCCUGAAAACGGUGGUAUCAGCGCCGCCGACCUAGAAAUAGCAAAGCAGUACCACGAGUACGAGAGCGACACAGGAAUCAUUUUGCACCAACUUGGCGCCUCGCUUGGUGUAUUAAGCACCUGGGGUGUCCUCAACAUACAACGACGCAUCCUGGUGUAUAAGAGACGUGCUGAUGUGUCAUUCUUGCGACUGUUGCAGAACGAGUGCGAACGCCAUUCUCUUCUGCAAUUAUGUUUUGCUGGCUAUCCAUGCUACAUGAGCAUGUAUAGUCUACGUUUAGUUUCUAGACAACUCAAGCUAUUCAUGAAAAGAGGGCAUCCGUUAAUCGACGGUGCUAUAGAAUACAUCCGCUUCCAUCUACACUUAUUCCUCACCAUGCAGCGUUUAGACAUGAUUCCCGCUUCCCAGUGGCUUCCCAGUCCUAGUUUCUUUAUACCAUUUUCUAGCUCAUCGCCAUUUCCAGCACCUCCCCCGCUUGAGUCACUGGAUGUCUCCGGUAUCUCUACCUGGAUCGGGAAGAUUGUGGUGAACCUAGCCCCUUACGCUACAUUCUAUGUAUGUGGCCGCUUUUGGCAGUCAGUAUGCACCCUCUUGAGGUCACGCAUACGAGAGCACUUGCCACGGCCCUUUAGUCCGCCUGCGAACAACCGGGCAUCAGUGCCUCCUAGUUCACCUCAACGGCAGGCUAUUCCAGAGUCGCCGACUUUAGGGGCAGCCGAUCAGGAGAUUAGGCACCAGACUCCUGAAGCAGAUGCUCCAACUUCAUUGGCUUUGGACCAGCCCAGCGGAGAAACCAUCCCAGUGGGAUCGAUUAGAAGACGAGGCACGUUUUCGAGCCGCGGCGGAGAAGACUAUGCGACAGACGAAGAAGAUGCCGAGAUGGUCAACCCGACUCUAAUAAGCUUUGAUGUCGAUACUAGCGAAUCCACUGAACCGCCUACUGGCGUAUGGUCUGCCGAACUGCGACCAAGCUUUUCAGGGGAUGCCCGGCAACAACCAAGAGAGGCACCCCUUUAUAUCGUGAACCCUCUUACCAGUCUCCCAAGCACGUUUGCGGCGGACAUACUCGCCGAUUUCAUGACGAAUAUAUUGUUAAUGCCCUUGGACUCCCAUGCAAUUCCCAUUGCGGCAAGGGCUCUUGCCCGCAGAAGAGGCCUUCCAUAUGACGGCAUGUGUGACGGGAGUUUUCUAGGAGGUCUUACUCCCCGGGGAGUCCUCAACAUCAUUUUAUUAGACAUGGCCAGACUCCUCAUCUCCGGCGAGGUUUGGGCUCUCACUACUGUACUCUCGCGGUGGCUACAUGUCACCGAGGAUGAGUUUCGGGAGAUUCGCAAGGAAGAAGAAGACAUAAUCGGAUGCAUUGUGCAGUAGGAUGCACGCAGGUGGUCUAGAAGAUUUCUACACGAGUCAAGGCCCUUGGCCUGGUAACAACUAGGUGUCCAGGUACCUAUUAUAGUGGGCUCGAGAAUAACCCGGGGAAGCUUGCAUUGCAUUCGUAAUAUCUGUAUUUUGUGCGGAUGGCUAGUCAGAUGUCACUGACGAGACUACCUACCUAAUGAUACCAGCGCUGUGGGAACCGGGGCAUGAAGGAAGUUAUGGAUAUGGGUUAUUCAGAUACAAAUGCAGCAAUCAUGAAGUUUAACAAACGACUCCAAAUGAUAGCCUUUACCCAAGCGGGCUGCUACGG